GCAAAAUGACAGGCCCUCCAUCUUUGUUGUUCAGACUGACUGCAUUGGCUGUGGCUGUAUCUUUGGUCUCCACUGGUGCUUCUACCACAAACUAUGAAGACGACUGCCACUUGACAGAGAUUAAAGUCCCAGUGAUCAUGGACGAAAGCACAGUGAGGCUUCAAAGCCCAGAAUUCACUGCUGACGACGUAAGUGAGCCAGGAGUGAUGUGCGGGAUUGAGUGCCAACGAAAGCUGCCAGAACCCAGGCCUGCUGAGCUGGAACGACUACUGUCUUAUGAAACCAUCUACGAGAAUGGAACGCGCAUCUUCACCAAAAUAAAACUGGAAGGGGUCCCUGAUUUAAGAAACACGACCUCUUCCGUGGUCUGUAAGACAGGAUACCUUAAACGCAGAAAACGGCAGGUAUAUGGCAUGGAUGGACGCUUUGUGAUCACAGAUAAACACUUCACCACCAAUUACCCCUUUUCUGCCUCAGUGAAGCUCUCCACGGGUUGCUCAGGCAUCUUGGUUUCUCCAAGACAUGUACUGACUUCUGCCCACUGUGUCCAUGAUGGCCAAGACUAUUUGAAAGGGACCAAGAGGCUCCGAGUGGGUAUCAUGAAGCUUCGCUCCAAACGCAGGGGAGGACGCCAACAAGGAGGCAGGAGGAGAGGAGAAAAGAGGAGAGAAGGUGAAGGAGAUGUAGCCACUGAAGGACAACUACUUCAAAAAGUUAGAGACAACAGAAGGAAAGGGAAGGACCGUUUUAGGCGAGACACAGAUUCAGACCAGUCCAGACAACCAGUUUUCCGGUGGACACGAGUCAAACUGACUCGAGUGCCAACAGGUUGGACAAGGAGAGCAGGCAAUGAGGUCUCAGCCGACUACGAUUACGCCCUUCUGGAGCUCAAACGACCCCAUAAGAUGAAGUUCAUGGAGUUAGGAGUCGUUCCAGUGGUCAAGGACAUCCCAGCUGGAAGAAUCCACUUCUCUAGUUUUGAUAAAGACCAAUUAGGGAAAGUGGUCUACCGCUUCUGUUCGGUCUCGGAGGAAUCUAACGACCUGAUGUACCAGUACUGUGAUGCGCAGAAGGGGUCGAGUGGAGCGGGUGUGUACGUAAGGCUACGAGACCAGGUGGGAAAAGGGAAGUGGAAGAGGAAGGUAAUUGGUGUGUUCUCUGGACACCAGUGGGUGGAUGUCGAUGGGAUACAGAAGGACUAUAAUGUGGCAGUCAGAAUAACACCCAGCAAGUAUGCCCAGAUAUGCCACUGGAUCCAUGGAGAUGCUAGUCAGUGUAAACUGGCCUGAAAAAGGUCGAUUCAAGUUCAAGUAACUAUA